AUGGCAUCAACAAUUCAAAAUUUUGCUUCACAAUAUUCCUUCUACGCCAAUCUUAUUAUUAAUUCUACUGCAAUUUUUGGUAAUAUUUUAAAUUUAUUAAUAUUUACUAAAUUAAAAAUAUUUCGAGAUAAUCGUUGUAUAUUCUAUUUAACAAUUGAAUCAAUUUCGAAUUUAAUCAAUCAAUUAUUUACUUUAAUAAUAAAUAUUCUCCCAAAAAUCUAUGGUUACGAUAUAACAUCAUAUUCACUUACUUGGUGUCGAAUAAAAAAUAUGAUAUAUCAAAUAGCUAAUUUAAUAACAUUAUCUAUGGUAUGUUUUGCUGCUGUAGAUCAAUUUUUUUCAACAAAUUAUCGAUUACAUUUAAGACAAUUUUGUACAUUUAAAUUAGCUCAAUGUUUUGUAUUUGCAAGUAUUUUUAUUUGGUUUAUGCAUAGUCUUUUAUAUAGCUUCUAUACUGCUGUUAAUCCAUCAUUAGGAUGUAUUUUAUCAAAUCAAAUAUGGAUUGCAUAUACGACAUAUUUCUUUUUUCCAGUUAUAGCAGGUUUUCUUCCAAUUCUUAUUGCUUCAUUAUUUAGUUUAUUAGCUUAUGGAAAUGUUCGUCGAAUUAUUCGUCGACAAAUUUCAAUUGAACGUCGUCGAUUUGAUCGACAAAUAACUGCAAUGAUUCUAAUACGUGUUAUAUUAUUUGUUACUGUUACAUUUCCUUAUACAUGUUAUAAAAUUUAUUCCAAUAAUAUUAGUUCGAAAAAUGUUGGUGAAUUACGAGCAGCAAUUGAACACUUGAUUCAAGUUUUUAUUUAUUCAUUUUGUAAUUUGAACUAUGCGGUUAAUUUUUAUCUAUUUUUUAUAUCAUCAUCACGAUAUCGUCGACAAGUUAAAUAUAUUUUAAAGAAAAAAUAUUGGCGACAAAUAAUAAACUGGUGUUGUCAUAAUAAAAAUCAAAUUCAGCCAGAAAAUACAUUAGUUUCAGAUGAAAAUAUUGUAGAUGAAUAA